GCUGCGAACUGGCGCAUGUGGUUCUUCCGCGUUCCUCGCAGCUCAACCCGUUACCGACCUCAGCUCUCGCGUAUUAAUUGCUGUAUGCAGGCUGCCUCCACAAGGGAACAUGGCGGAGUCUGGCCAACGCCCGUGCUCUACGGCUUUAAGCACAAGCGAGUCCCUGCUUAGAGGGAUAUCGAGACAGGAAGAGCAUUAUCGAAGCCAAUCAUGCCAUUGAAGCAUAUUGUGCCUGAUGUGCCUGUUUUCUGUGUUGGCUGUCGCUUCUUGGGCCUAUCAUGGACACAAUCACCACGCUGAAGCUGAUCCAGGGCUCCUUCUGGCAGGCUCAUCGCUCGCAACGUCCUUGUGGUCUCGUGUGGCUGUGGAGCCUCGGUCCCGUCUUGCGACUUAAUAAUACGAGGUUGCUAUCCAUUGGACUUCGCGUCCCAUGCUCGUUUGGGUUCAUGCCGCGAUACGACAUGCGUCACUGCAGAGGUACUUCCUGGUCUCUGUCUGAGAUUGUCUGCUUCGGACGGCUACGACACAAUGUCUCCCGGGCCCGAGGGUGUCCAGCGCAACAAGUUAUAUCUAACUCCACAUAUCCGGCUUCAGGCAUUGACUUUCCUGACGAUUCCCCUCGAUACACGACUACUACUAACAUCAGACUGCCUGCCUUGUCACGGUACAUUCCAGUCCUCGAGACCCUUUGACCUGCUCCUUCAGUUUGUACUUCCAUUGAUCCUUUGACAUGACCGAAACAAUUCCCGGUCCACGCAAACUUCCUGUCCUCGGCAACUUACUCGACCUGUGGGAUGGUGAGAGCAGUAUUAUCGGAUCACUUGAGCGGGUUGCCGAUGCAUAUGGACCAAUAUAUCAGGCCAAACUUGGCGGCUCACGACGCAUCAUAAUCAGUUCUGCGGCUCUGAUGGAGGAGAUGACCAAUGAAAAGCGCUUCGUCAAAGUACCGCCAAAGAUAAGCAAAGGCGAAGCUGCUAGAGGGCUGUUCACUGCUUCCAACGAAGACCCGGACUGGGGUCAGGGGCAUCGCAUACUCAUGCCAGUAUUUGCGCCGUUGUCUACCCAAGACAUGUUUCCCGACAUGAAGGACAUCGCCAAUCAGCUCAUCCUUUCAUGGGCGAGAAAGGGGCCGACGAACCGCAUCUUGGUCACGGAAGAUUUCACCAGGCUGACACUCGAUACGAUUGCGCUAUGUACGAUGGGCUACCGGUUCAAUUCAUUCUAUACGGACGGUAUGAACCCUUUCGUGGAAGCAAUGAUGGUCGUCUUCAAAACGAACAAUGCGAGAGCAACGAGACCAGCUUUCGUCAAUAAGCUCAUGUUCCAGCAAGAGGCCGAACGCGGAAAAGCAUUCGCAUUCAUGAAGAAAGUGGGACAGGACAUUGUCGAGAAUCGCCGUGCAAAUCCCACCGACAAAAAGGACGUCUUGAACACUAUGAUAUAUGGCAAAGAUCCGAAGACCGGUGAAGUCAUGCGAGAUGAGCUCAUUAUCGCCCAGAUGACCACUUUUCUCAUUGCUGGCCACGAGACUACUUCUGGGCUCCUGUCAUUCGCAGUCGCACAGCUUCUGAAGAACCCCCAUACCUAUCUAAAGGCGCAGAAGGAAAUCGACGACGUUGUGGGCAACAGGUCAAUCGAAGUGGACGACAUCAAGAACCUUAAGUAUCUCAAUGCCGUCCUCCGAGAGACUGCUCGCCUCACACCUACGGUACCAAUCCUACAAAAGCACGUCAACCCGGACAUUGCACAUAGCGUCGUGACUGUGGACGGUGGGAGGUACGAAAUCAAGCCAGAUGAUCAUAUCAUGGUUCUCCUCGGAAAGGCUCAGAGAGAUCCUAAGGUCUGGGGCGAGACUGCCGAAGAUUUCGAACCAGAGCGCAUGCUGGAUGAGAACUUUGACAAGAUCAUGGCUCAGUACCCAGGGUGCUGGAAGCCUUUCGGAAAUGGCAGAAGAGCAUGUAUUGGACGGCCGUUCGCCUGGCAGGAGUCGAUGCUCGUCCUCGCAAUGGUCCUCCAGAACUUUGAUGUGCAGCUGGACGACCCCAACUAUACCAUGAAGAUCAAGCAAAAUUUGACCAUCAAGCCGGACGACCUCUACAUUCGAGUAAGUCCGCGGAAGAACAUGGAGGCCGCCGACAUCGACAAGAUGAUCCACAGCAAGGUUGCGGGUGUCGGCCUAGGUAGCUUGCCAAACCGUACGAAAGCAAGCGAGCAUGCUUCGACGUCUUCUGCGCCAUCGACGGCGAAACCAAUGACGAUUCUGUACGGCUCGAACACCGGCACCUGUCAGGCAUUUGCUCAACGACUCGCCUCGAACGCUGCAUCUCAUGGGUUCCAGGCCAAAGUCGCAGACAUGGACAGCGCAACGGACUGUUUACCCAAGGGAUCUCCAGUGAUCAUCAUCACAUCCUCCUACGAAGGACAACCACCCGACAAUGCAGCUAGGUUCACCGAGUGGCUCCAAGGACGCGAAAGCGGUUCCCUGACAGGCGUCGAGUACACCGUCUUUGGCUGCGGUCACAGGGACUGGUCCCAGACUUUCCACCGCAUCCCCAAACUCACAGACGAACUGCUCAGCAAAGCCGGCGCCAACAGUCUCGCACCAGCCGGAUUCGCCGACGCAGCCAAAGGCAACCUCCAAGGCGACUUCGAGGACUGGCUCGACACGUCGCUCUGGCCGAACCUCUCGUCCGACCAGCCGAACAACAACGACAACAACAUCCAUGAGAACCCCAUACAGGUCGAGAUUUCCACAAACGCACGCGCAUCAAGCCUACGCUACGACGUCAGCCUUGCCAAGGUCAAAGAGAACAGGCUCCUCACCAGUAUCGGCGAGCCCGCAAAGUGGCACAUGGAGAUCGAAUUGCCGUCGAACAUGACAUACGAGUGCGGCGAUUAUCUCGCCGUGUUGCCGCUCAACUCGGAAAAGAACGUCAAACGAAUCAUGGCACACUUCGGCUUGCCCUGGGACGCCGUGAUUACGGUGAAGGCGACGGGACCGAGUAUCAUCCCGGCCGACGUGCCGCUGUCCGCGUUCGACGUGUUGAGGAGUUACGUCGAGUUGAGCCAGCCUGCGACGAAGAAGAAUCUACGCAUGCUCGGAUCGUACACGGAAUCCCCCAGCGAUAAGACGUACCUCGAAACCCUGGGGAACGACGUCGACAACCGCUUCGAAACCGAGAUUCUCCAUAAGAGGACGAGCAUCCUGGACAUGUUGCUGCACCGUCCUUCGAUCAAGCUCCCCUUUGGCGAGUUCCUCGCGCUCCUGCCUCCUCUGCAUGUCAGGCAGUAUUCGAUCUCUUCGUCGCCGCUCGCUGCCGAUGCGGGUGCGGGUGCGGGUGCGAGGACCUGUUCCAUCACGUACGGCGUGAUCGACACGACGAGUCUGUCUGAUCCGGAGACGCACUUCGAGGGCGUGGCGGGCACGUACCUGUCGAGUCUGGUCAAGGGGGAUACUGUGCAAGUCUCGAUCCGGCCGACGGCAAAGAAGACGUUCCGCCUACCUCUCGAUCCCGAGACCCCGCUGCUCAUGUUUGCCGCGGGCACGGGUGUGGCGCCGUUCAGGGGCUUUAUGCAGCAACGCGCCGUGAUGAGGGCCGCGAAUCCAGGCAGACGUAUGGGACGGGCGCUGUUGUACUUGGGCUGUCGUGGGGAGGGCGACAGGGUGUAUAAAGAGGAGGUGGAUGAGUGGGUCAAGAGCGGUGUGGUCGAGGUGAGGUAUGCGUUUAGCCGUGACAAGGAGAGGACCCAGGGGUGUGGCUAUGUGAGUGAGCGGAUGGUCAGGGAUCUGGAGGCGCGGGAUAUUGUGGAUUUGUGGAGGUCUGGGGCAAGGGUUUAUGUUUGUGGGAGUGCUGGGUUUAGGGACUCGGUCAGGGAGGCGGCGAAGAAGAUCGCUUUAGUGGUGAGUGAGAGGGAAGACCGUGAGAAAGGGGUGUGCAGGACGGAGGAGGAGAGGGCGGAGAUGGGACGGACAUGGAAACAGGAGUUGAGUGAGAGGGUUGCUAGUGAUGUUUUCGAUUGAGCAAUCGCCGAUAAGUGACUGGAUGGGUUUACAGGUAUUGGGUCUAGUUCUUGGGUCUCAUUGGGAAUCGAGAUUUGCUUCUAUCAGUUGAGUGCUAGUACUUGGGGAGUUUCGAAUGUCCGGCCAAGGGAAG